AUGGAACGGAUACGGAAUUUCCUGUGGCCAAGAAGCGCAGCAGAAUACAUUGAUCUUGUGGAACAACCGGUUGAAGAUCCAACAGCGAUCAUAUGGAAAACGGAUGAGGUUGGAGAAUAUGUUGAUAUUUGUGGUUCAUUAAUCGAAGUAAAUGAAUUUAAUGAAGAAUUUCAAGAAUUAAUUGAGAAACCAGUUGAAAAAAAUAAUAAACUUUCAACAAUGAAAAGAAGGUUUGGAAAUCUGGUGCUUUGUCCAUAUGCUGCACUAGAUUUCCACAAUGAAAGUUUACGAUACGCAGAAAUCGGUUCGAUACAUGUCGCUUUAGCGUAUGCAAAUAGAGCAUCGUGUUUUUUUGAAUUGGAAUUGUACGAUCAAAUGGCAGUGAACAUUGUACUUGCGACAAGUGAUGAAACUUUUCCUAAGUAUCUGUUGCCAAAAAUUAUGGAACUUAAGAAAACGGCAGAUUCGAUCAAAAAAAACGUUGGACAAGAGGAAACUUAUGAAGAAGCAUUUGCAGCAUGGGUAAAACGGGCAAUCGGAAGGGAACCCCAAUUGAGUUACUUAGCCAGCAAAAAACAUCCAUGUUUGGCUGAUGUGGUGGAAAUCAAAGAGAGUGCACAAUAUGGUCGAUAUAUUGUUUCAAAGUAUGAACUUCCAGCUGACCAAAUCAUUUUGAUUGAAGAAUACUACUUGAAUGCGGCUGAUGUUAAAAAACUUCGUUCAUGCGCCACUUGCUCAAAAGAAGACAACAAUUUCAUUGCAUGCGAACAUUGUACGGGGGCAAUGUUUUGCGAUAAAACUUGUCAGAAUCGUAACGAAUUACAUAAAUGGGAAUGCAAUACGUUUAUAACUAGCAUAUAUAAUCGUGCGAGAACAAUCAUUUAUUCAAUUUUGUUAGCCAUUGAGGCAUACACAGAAAACGGCAGAAUCAACGUGAACGAGCUCAUGGAAUAUGUGAAAGAAAUGUUAGACAAAAGGAAAAAUGGAACGGAUAAACUACCAGAAUCAACGCUUGACUCAAAGUCAAAAUAUCAAUUCUUUUUAAAAUUGGCAAUAUGCGAUCUUCAAUCUGAACUAAAAGAAACGUUCACUAGUCUAAUUUAUGUGACUUUUUCACUUUUGAUGAGUGUACCGAAAAUUGAAGCUGCAUUCAAAAGUGAGAAAGAGCGUAAUUUUCUUAUGCAUUUGAUAGGUCACCAUAUUCUAGUUAUUUCUACAAAUGCGUUUGGGGAUGAGGAUAAACUGUCACUAGGACUCAUUGAAUCAUUAUUUAAUCAUUCAUGUAAACCAAAUAUUGAUCGCAAACAAUUUUUAAACAAGCAAUAUUAUUUCAUAGCAAAUAAGGUGGGAAAAGGAGUUCAACUUUUCAUCAGUUAUCUUAAUACUGAAGCGCUUAAAACCAGUUCAACUAACAGACGGCAGAUUUUAUUUCGAGGUUUUGGUUUCAUUUGCAAUUGUAUUAUUUGUGCUCCCAAAGUUCCAACGAUAUUCGAUAAGUGUAAUCGUAAAGUCUUUAAUAUCUUAGUCAAUCGAUUUUGUACUCAAGAAGAAAUUAAUGAGAUUCAUGAAUUAUUAUAA